UGGCCAGCGGCCCCAUCAAUCCUCGCCUGGCUGUGCUGACGUCAUCCUGCAGCAGCGGGGAUGGGGUGGGAAUGAGAGAGGGAGAGAGGACGCCGGGCUCCCGGGCGAAGGAGAAGAAGCCACUGCAAGGCCCCCACCUCGGCCACCCAGGCUGGGGUCUGCCCGGGUCUGCUCUAUGGACUAGCGUGGGCGGCAGACUCCUUGCGGUCUCCGCCCUGCGCCCGCGCUCUCCCCUCCCCUCCGCGGAGCGCCCCUGCAUCACCCCCCCAAGGUGGACGAAGCCGGCUCGAGGCUCCCGGGGGAGAGCGAUCGGGCCCUGCCCCGCCCCGCCGGACCAUGACCCGCCUGCUGUUGCCCCUCUUGCUGGCUUUCCUGCUCCCCUCGAGCUCCUGUAACAAAGCCAACAAGCACAAGCCAUGGAUCGAGGCAGAAUACCAGGGCAUCGUCAUGGAGAACGACAACACGGUCCUGCUGAACCCACCCCUCUUUGCCUUGGACAAGGAUGCCCCACUGCGCUAUGCAGGUGAGAUCUGUGGCUUCCGGCUCCAUGGGUCGGGGGUGCCCUUUGAGGCCGUGAUCCUGGACAAGGCGACAGGAGAAGGGCUGAUCCGGGCCAAGGAGCCAGUGGACUGCGAGGCCCAGAAGGAGCACACGUUCACCAUCCAGGCCUACGACUGUGGCGAGGGUCCCGAUGGGGCCAACACCAAGAAGUCCCACAAGGCCACUGUGCAUGUGCGGGUCAACGAUGUGAACGAGUUUGCCCCAGUGUUUGUGGAGCGACUGUACCGCGCGGCCGUGACCGAGGGGAAACUCUACGACCGCAUCCUACGGGUGGAGGCCAUCGACGGCGACUGCUCCCCUCAGUACAGCCAGAUUUGCUACUAUGAAAUCCUCACGCCCAACACCCCUUUCCUCAUCGACAACGACGGGAACAUUGAGAACACGGAGAAGCUGCAGUACAGCGGCGAGAGGCUCUACAAGUUCACGGUGACGGCUUAUGACUGUGGGAAGAAGCGGGCAGCAGAUGAUGCCGAGGUGGAGAUCCAGGUGAAGCCCACCUGUAAACCCAGCUGGCAAGGCUGGAACAAAAGGAUUGAAUAUGCACCAGGCGCCGGAAGCUUGGCUUUGUUCCCUGGAAUCCGUCUGGAGACCUGUGAUGAACCUCUCUGGAACAUUCAGGCCGCCAUAGAGCUGCAGACCAGCCAUGUGGCCAAGGGCUGUGACCGUGACAACUACUCAGAGCGGGCACUGCGGAAACUCUGCGGUGCUGCCCCUGGGGAGGUGGAUCUGCUGCCCAUGCCCGGCCCCAAUGCCAACUGGACGGCGGGGCUGUCAGUGCACUACAGCCAGGACAGCAGCCUCAUCUACUGGUUCAACGGCACCCAGGCUGUGCAGGUGCCACUGGGUGGCACAGCUGGGCUGGGCUCUGGGCCCCAGGACAGCCUCAGUGACCAUUUUACCCUGUCCUUCUGGAUGAAGCAUGGCGUAACUCCCAACAAGGGCAAGAAGGAAGAGGAAACCAUCAUGUGUAACACCGUCCAGAAUGAGGACGGCUUCUCUCACUACUCACUGACUGUCCACGGCUGCAGAAUUGCCUUCCUCUACUGGCCCCUGCUCGAGAGCGCCCGCCCGGUCAAGUUUCUCUGGAAGCUGGAACAGGUCUGUGAUGAUGAAUGGCACCACUACGCCUUGAACCUCGAGUUCCCCACGGUCACACUCUAUGCUGAUGGCAUCUCCUUUGACCCUGCCCUCAUCCACGACAAUGGUCUUAUCCACCCGCCCCGAAGGGAGCCCGCGCUCAUGAUUGGGGCCUGCUGGACUGAGGAGAAGAACAAAGAGAAGGAAAAGGGAGGAGACAACAGUACGGACGCCACACCAGGAGACCCCUUGCCGAUCCACCACUACUUCCACGGCUACCUGGCUGGUUUCAGCGUGCGCUCAGGCCGCCUGGAGAGCCGUGAGGUCAUCGAGUGCCUCUAUGCAUGUCGGGAGGGGCUGGACUAUAGGGAUUUCGAGAGCCUGGGCAAAGGCAUGAAGGUCCACGUGAACCCCUCGCAGUCCCUGCUCACCCUGGAGGGGGAUGAUGUGGAGACCUUCAACCAUGCCCUGCAGCAUGUGGCUUACAUGAACACUCUGCGCUUUGCCACGCCGGGCGUCAGGCCCCUGCGCCUCACCACUGCUGUCAAGUGCUUCAGUGAAGAAUCCUGUGUCUCCAUCCCCGAAGUGGAGGGCUACGUGGUGGUGCUUCAGCCCGACGCCCCCCAGAUCCUGCUGAGUGGCACUGCUCAUUUUGCCCGCCCAGCGGUGGACUUUGAGGGACCUGAAGGCGUCCCUUUGUUCCCUGAUCUUCAAAUCACUUGCUCCAUCUCUCACCAGGUGGAGGCCAAAAAGGAUGAGAGUUGGCAGGGCACAGUGACGGACACACGCAUGUCGGAUGAGAUCGUGCACAACCUGGAUGGCUGUGAGAUUUCUCUGGUGGGUGAUGACCUGGACCCCGAGCGGGAGAGCCUGCUCUUGGACACGGCGUCCUUGCAGCAGCGAGGCCUGGAGCUCACCAACACGUCCGCCUACCUCACCAUUGCCGGGGUGGAGAGCAUCACUGUGUAUGAAGAGAUCCUAAGGCAGGCUCAUUAUCGGCUGCGACACGGAGCUGCCCUCUAUGCCAGGAAAUUCCGGCUCUCCUGCUCAGAAAUGAAUGGGCGUUACUCCAGCAAUGAAUUCAUCGUGGAGGUCAGCGUCCUGCACAGCAUGAACCGGGUCGCCCACCCCAGCCACAUGCUCAGCUCCCAGCAGUUCCUGCACCGUGGUCACCAGCCCCCGCCUGAGAUGGCCGGACAUAGCCUGGCCAGCUCCCACCGAAACUCCAUGGUCCCGAGCGCCGCAACUCUCAUCAUCGUGGUGUGCGUGGGCUUCCUGGUGCUCAUGGUCAUCCUGGGCCUCGUGCGCAUCCAUUCCCUGCACCGCCGCGUCUCAGGGGCCGGUGGGACCCCAGGGGCCUCCAGUGACCCCAAGGAACCUGACCUCUUCUGGGAUGACUCAGCUCUCACCAUUAUUGUCAACCCCAUGGAGUCCUACCAGAACCGGCAGGCCUGUGUGGCGGGUGCUGCGGGUGGCCAGCAGGAGGACGAGGACAGCAGCGACUCGGAGGCGGCCGACUCGCCCAGCAGCGACGAGAGACGCAUCAUCGAGACGCCCCCUCACCGCUACUAAGGCCUCCGUGUACCCCCAGCCAGGGAGAGGUCUGCCCUGUUGAGACAGACACCCCCAGGAGACAGAAGGCCCUUCUGAGACGAGAGAGACCCAGAGGGAGAGAGCUCAUCCCUUAAGCUUGGAACCUGCGGGGACCCCAGUGCGUCCAUCCCCGCCCCCGCCCGCAGCCCACCCCGUGCCUCUGGGCUCUCACUCCCCUGGUGUGGGACACUUUGGCUGCCUUUUCUGUUCCCAGGCAGCCACCCCCUUCGUUUACCCAUGUCUGUCUCUCCCCCCACUGGCCUUGUAAUUGGGGUGGGGGGGUGUCAGUAGCAGAGGGAGGGGCCGGGGCCGGGCUGAGGGAAACCCUGUAUCUGCACCCCCAUCUCUGUCCAUGGGGCCCUCUCCCCACCCAGCUGGGCCUUCCCUGUUUCCCUUACGACCCCCACUCCUAACCUUUUGAUUUCACUCUGGGGAUCCCUCCUUCUUCUGGCCCACCUUCCCUCCUCUCUUGUCCCCUUCCCCCUCUUCUCCUGGCCUGAGCUCCCACAGCCCUGGCCUCCCUACAGGACCUGCCUGUGGCUAGGUUGUGGGGAUGGGAGUUGGGGGGAGGCCCCGGGUGUAUUAUAUAUAAUGUAUAUUUUUUCAUGUCGUCGUGAGCGCAGCCCCUGUGUUCUGUGUGCAGCUCACAGCCUCGUGUGUGCGUGUGGCAUCAUCCCAUCCUGGGGUGGGGGUAGGGGGUUGGGUGUGGUGAGGGAGGGGACACACCCUAGGGUUUUCAAAUAAAACAACCAGAAAAAGGCUCAGUGA